AUGCGGGCAGCGGUGCUCCGGGGUCGUGCGGAUGCCCUCGCAGCGAGAUCUAUUGGGUCUCUCGGGCCGGGCGUGAAGCUUUUUGAAAGAUCGCCGGUCUCUCAAUCUCUUGUCUUUCGCUCACUGAACACGUCUGCCCGCCGGCCUUUUCCCAAACGUCCCUUCGGCGCGUCUCCAAAGGCGUCGACCUCAAUUCGCUUUCAAUCGGAUAAGACUAGUGCGAAGGUUGCUCCCAAGCAGCGCUCCAAAGUCUUAGCAGCCCUGUACAAAACUCUGGCUUUCUGCGGUGCCUUUGGUGUUGGUGCCGGUAUUCUUGUUGUCGCCUUCUUUCUUUACGAUGCCAGCACAUAUCGUGAGACCCCGAGUGCCGAGGACAUCCCCGUGUCCGAAUUGGCUCUCAAUCCUCGAGUUGGCGGUCCCAAAAAUUUGCCAAUUGCCGAUUAUCUUGUUGACGACUGUGACUCGGACGAGAUGAGGGAGCAAAAGGACAAGCCUCGUCUGGUUAUUCUUGGUACUGGCUGGGGUAGCAUUGCGCUGCUCAAGAAUCUCAACCCCGGUGACUAUCAUGUUACCGUUGUCUCUCCAACCAACUACUUCCUGUUCACUCCCAUGUUACCGUCUGCGACUGUGGGCACCCUUGGUCUUCGCUCCUUAGUAGAGCCAGUACGCCGUAUCAUUGAACGGGUUCACGGACAUUUCCUCAAAGCUUCUGCCACAGAUGUUGAUUUCUCACACAAGCUCGUGGAGGUCUCUCAAGUCGACAGUGACGGAAAUACGCGCAAUUUUUACCUGCCCUAUGACAAACUCGUGAUCGGCGUUGGUUGUGUGACGAAUCCUCAUGGUGUCAAGGGUCUCGAAAAUUGCAACUUCCUUAAAGGCAUCGACGACGCGAGACAAAUCAAGAACAAGAUUUUGAACAACAUGGAACAGGCCUGCUUGCCUACUACGUCGGAUGAAGAACGAAAACGUCUCCUUUCUUUUGUUGUCUGCGGUGGUGGUCCUACCGGCGUUGAGUUCGCUGCCGAGUUAUUCGAUAUGCUCAAUGAGGACUUGCUUCACUCAUUCCCCCGCAUCGUCCGCAACGAAAUCUCAGUACACAUCAUCCAAAGUCGCUCCCACAUUCUGAACACUUACGACGAGGCCUUAUCCACAUAUGCUGAGAGCCGCUUCUCUCGCGAUGGCGUCGAGGUUAUCACCAAUGCCCGAGUUAAGGAGGUGCAAAAGGAUCGUGUACUCUUUACCCAGGUUGAGGAUGGCAAGACCGUUGUCAAGGAAAUCCCGAAUGCCUUUUGCCUGUGGUCCACUGGAGUUUCUCGUGCCGAGAUAUGCGAAACCCUAUCCAACAAGCUUGAAAGUCAAAACAACAAGCACGCCUUGGAAACCGACACUCAUCUGCGCCUGAUCGGUGCACCAUUGGGCGACGUGUAUGCUAUCGGUGAUUGCUCGACCGUCCAGAACAAUGUUGCCGAGAACGUUAUGAAAUUCCUGCGCACCAUGGCCUGGGAGAAGGACCGCGAUCCCGAGAAGGUCCAAUUAUCCUUCUCUGAGUGGCGAGAUGUUGCCAAGCGCGUUAAGAAGCGGUUCCCGCAAGCAGCCGCUCACCUUCGUCACCUUGAUCGACUCUUCGAACAGUACGACACGGAUCACUCCGGUACUCUCGACUUCGGCGAGCUCUCCGAGCUUCUGCACCAGAUUGACACUAAGCUUACCUCCUUGCCGGCUACUGCUCAGCGAGCGAACCAGCAGGGAGUCUACCUGGGUCGCAAACUGACCAAGAUCGCCGCUGCUCUCCCUGGGCUACGGGCCAAUGAUAUCGAAUACGGUGAUCUUGAUGAGGCUGUCUACAAGGCUUUCAAGUAUAAACACCUGGGAAGUCUUGCGUACAUCAGUAAUGCUGCCAUUUUCGACUUUGGUGGUUUGAGCUUCAGCGGUGGCGUAGUUGCCAUGUAUCUUUGGCGCAGCAUUUACUUCGCGCAAAGCGUCAGUUUUCGCACAAGAUGUAUGCUGGCUAUGGACUGGGCAAAGCGUGCGCUUUUUGGAAGAGAUCUGAUGAGCUUUUAA